AUGGCGGAGGAGGAGCCUGCUGAGGUUCUCUCCGAGCCGUUGCUUGACCUUUCGGACUUGGGAAGGACUGUGGAUGGCUCAGGGCUUGCAUUUCUGGCAGCCGAGUGCAUUGGAAAGCGCAUCGGUCCCAUCAAGGCCAUUGAGGGGUACGCUCAUUUGCAGAGAAUUGACUUCUCGGAGAAUCUGAUCAAGGAUGUUGCGCCGCUGAAGGUUCUCAACCAUUUGGUGAAGCUGAGCCUGGCGAAGAACUCCAUCGUAAGCCUCAAGAGUUGGGACUCUGAGGAGGCGGUCUUCCCCAACCUCAAGGAGCUCGACUUGAGCGAGAACCAGCUGCCAACGCUGGGCCCCCUGCCCUUCCAGGCGCUGGUCGCGCUCCGGCUGGCGCGGAACGAGAUCACGAGCUGCGAGCUGGGAGGUCACGAGAAGCUGCAAACGCUCGACUUGUCUUCGAACAAGCUGACCAGCUUGGCCGGGCUUGGCGCGCUGCCGAGUCUCAAGCUUCUGAAUGCCUCCGGCAACGAGCUGGCGGACCUCAAUGGCAUCAACGAGGCUACCGCACUGGAGGAGCUGCAGUUGGCGGAGAACAAGCUGCAGGCGCUCGAGGCUCCCUGGACGGAGCUUCAGGCGUUGACGGCGCUGGACGUCAGCGCCUGCGCCUUGGAGACCGAGAAGCCUUUGGAGGUCCUGCGGCAGCUGCCUCUGCUGCGGAAGCUCAAGGUGAAGGGCAAUCCUUUCACCGAAUCGGUGAGCAGCGUGCCAGUGGUGGCGCUGGUGUGCCAUUGGCGUUUGACAGACGUGGAUGACAUCGCCAUCACUGAGGAGCAUACAGAAGCAGCAAAGGCGCUGAACAUUCAGCGGAUCCUGGAGGAGCGCGAGCGACUCAAGGAGGAAGCUGCCAAGGCGGAGGCAGAGGGAUGA